GAAGACUCAAGUCCUGUUACUGAGAUUUGCUGCUGUUGCUGUCCCUCCUGGUCUGGCUCAGGAUGCCUCAUUGGCCUUACAAGUUGCAGAGAAUCAUAGCUGACUGUGUAGCCAAUAAGAAGGAUUUACCCACCGCAGGAGAAACACAGCCUAUAGGCAUCCUAUUCAGACCAUCCCUGCCAUCUGGAAACACAGCUAUCUGGUUUCUUACCUGGGAACUGCAGCAAGUGAUGAGAGAGAAUCAGAGUCUACGUCAGCAUGUUGAGGACUUGACAAAGAAAGUGUCUGUGAUGGAGUCCAGAUUGGCCCAUCUAGAGCAAGCCCCAGCCCCAGAUGUGACUGGACUCCCCACAGGCACUGUCCCGAUUCCCAAGGUGGGGGAGAUCCAGAUACCCCUGGCAGAGAUGGAUGAAAUGAGGGCAAUGGAUUGUGGGAGAACUGGAACCAACUUGCCAACUGGACACUCUGAGGCUGUGGAAUCAGAAGAGGUUCCAUCUACCGCCGAGGGACAGUCCCUGCCCCAUAACCCUCCUGCAGCAGCCAGCAUACCCGACAGCUCCCUCUUGCACAUCUCCCCUGAGGAGGACAGGAGACUGUUUGAGGAGGCCAAGGGCAACAUUGCCAAGUAUGCCCUGGUAGUGUUCAGACACACAAUGCCACAGGAUUAUUAUCAGCAGUGGCGGGGAAAGGCCAAUGUGUCCGGCACGCACCAGAAAGCUGCCCUGUCGCCCAAUCUGGUAAAUGCAGUGUUCAAAGCAACAAAGAGAUGGAAGCCAAAGCUGGCAGGCAAAGACUAUAGUAACAUCAAAAUCCAGAUCAACAACUUCAUGCGAUCCCGGAAGAGCAGAAGCCUGAUUCUAUCUACAGGGCAGAGGUAACAGCAUAGCUCCCCCCAGUAUCCGGGCUUUGGAUCCUGCAAUUAAGAAACCAGUCAGCACUUUGAAUCUUCCCAGGGCUCCCAUGGGAGUUGCACCUAAGUUACACCUGCCGGAACAGCACAGUAUGGAUCCCAUGGGUUUGCUAAUUGGGAGCCAUUGUUGUUUUAUCUUCCUUAAACCAAGGAUGGGAUCAAUGAAGCAGUGCUGCCAAAGGACACUUACCAAAUGUUGAUAAGACUUUCACUAUCCAGGUGAUGAGCACAGUAUAAUUGUCUUAAGUAGAUUAGCUAGUCUGAAGUGUCUCUGCAAGUCAAUGUGAGGUAGAUAAGAAUUAUUAUCCCAAGCAUUGGUAACCUCUUUCAGAUUGCCAGGAGUUAGAAACCCCAGGUUUAAUUAAUGUACAGCAUUGGGAUCCUUGGAGCUAGACAGAUGGUUUCCAACUUGUGGAACGUGCCCCCCUUCGUUUAAAUUUUAGCAAAUUGGUGGUCACUUGUUAAGAGCAGAGCAAUGUU